AGUACUAUCGUCGCGCAGCUUCUACCUUAACCGGAACUAGAUAAGUUUUGCCCUUGACGAACUACGUCAUUCCCCUUCCGUGCCUGGCACUUCUCCGAAUGCCCUCCCGCCGCAGUCAUACCAAGUCCCGGAAGGGUUGUCUCCAAUGUAAGAAACGGCAUGUGAAGUGCGACGAAGAGACACCACGAUGUGGCCUGUGCAAGAAACGAAGACUGGAUUGCACAUACCCUCCGUCAAGUGAAGCGGAUAGCCAGCAUGCAUCCACACCCCAGGAUAUGCCUGAUGUAUUUCCUGGUCCCGAAGGAGAACCGCAAUCAGACAGGAUGCUUGAGAUGAAACUAUUCCACCACUAUGUAACAGAGACAUACAUCACGCUCUGUCAAGGCCGUCUAGAUGCUCACCACUUCCAAGUGGUUGUCCCACGGAUCGCGGUCUCUCAUGCCUUCUUGCUGGACAGCCUACUAGGAUUGUCUGCUCUUCAUCUAGCGUACCUGAACACUCACGAUAACCGUUCAUGGCUAGAAAUCGCACUCAAGUACCAGAACCGAGCAUGUUCAGCAUUCACCCGUGUACUCGCAGAAAUGACUCCCGAGAAUUGCGCACCAGCCUUCCUGUGCUCCAUCUUUAUUAUGCUCUGUGCAACAGCCUACCCGUGUGUUACCCAGGACAAACAUACAUUCGAGCCUCUAUCCCAUGUUUUGGAGAUUCGACAGCUCAUAGCGGGCUGUGCGUUUCUUUUCGAACAGCUUAGCGGCAUGGAGUAUCGGGGCGACCUCCAGGGGUGGCUGAAGUAUAAGGAUGACGAGGUCGAUCAAGAUGGAAAUCCCUACCAUGUACAGGAAUCUCAGAUCAAACUACGCAGUGCCAUCAUGGAGUCUUUGCAGCGGGUGCAAGACAAAUUCACCAGCCUUGGUGGGCCUAACCAGACUACGUACCAAAAUACGUGGGAUAUUCUUCACGAAGCCAUCAAACGAUGGCCGUUCGGCGGUCCAAACGGUGGCAUCAUUGCGUGGCCCAUUAAUAUCAGCGAAGACUACAUUGCUCUGCUGAAAAGUGGAGACUGGGUGGGCCGCGUGCUAUUUCUACACUACGGGGUAGGAUUGCACCUUCUCUCCGACAAGUGGUUUGUCCGCGACUGGGGCCGGCGUCUUAUUGAAACAGUCCUGCAGUUGGAGGAAGAUAUCCCCCCUAUUUGGACCGAUACCAUUACAUGGACAAAGGAGGCCGUGGAGCACUAAAGGUGAUAGGGGCAAACGAGAACCUGUUGCGGAUGGGCUCUGCUACAUACGGGAGGAAAGCGCAGAUAGCGACAAUGAUGUGACACUAUCAAGUAGUCAA